UCUGAGAGAGAGAGAGAGCGUAACCGUCGCCACAACAGAGAGAGAGAGAAUCCGAUGCUUUGGAGGACAACCGCAUUGACGUGUCUUGGGAUCCGUUGUCGACUGUCUUCCCACCGAUCGCUCAUGAGUUCGCCGCAGCGCUUGCGUCCGCUGGUGAUAUGCGGGCCGUCGGGAAGCGGCAAAAGCACUCUUCUGCGCAAAUUGAUGGCAGAGUUCGACGACUGCUUCGGGUUCUGCGUCUCGCACACAACGCGUCGGCCGCGCGCCGGAGAAGUGGACGCAAAGGACUACCACUUCGUCGACAGACAGACCUUCGAAGCGAUGGUCGCGGAGAACGCGUUCGUAGAGUUCACCGAAUUCUCGGGCAAUUUCUACGGCACGAGUCGACAGGCAUUGGAUUCGGUGCUGAAGUCGUCGCGAAUCGCAGUCUUAGACCUCGACCUCAAAGGAGUGCAAAGUCUUCGCAAAGCGAAUCUCGACGCGCUUUACGUGUGGGUGAGAGCGCCGUCUCUCGCGGUUCUCGAACGCAAUCUGAGGGGACGGGAGACGGAAUCGGAAGCGGCGCUGAGGGAGCGGUUGUCGCGCGCGGCGGAAGACUCGGAAUUCGUGGCGAACGGAAGCGCGCUCUUCGACGCCGUGAUUGUGAACGACGUGUUGGACGAGGCGUUCGCGCGACUCAAGGCUUUGUUGCGUUCGGUGAGAGUUUGA